AUGAAUCCGACAGACGUGGUUCUUGUUCUGCUGUACCUGGGCCAUCAGGCCCAAGUCCCAGCCUUCUGGACAAGAGCGUUCCUGGGUGGAGCUGGCCUCCUGAUCCUUCUCACCGUGCUUUCCCUGAUGGUGAUGCUCGCAAGAGCCGUUCUCACCUCUCGACAAUUGGUUUCCCUCUCGGACAAACCCCUGAGCGUUAUUGGUAAACCGCUUCUCUUCCCAGUCAACUUCAUGCACAUGCGCCUUUCUCCAGUGAAGGACAAAUUCAGCAAUCGCUUUCUCAUCGUGGGCGUACCAGUUGGUCUGCGGUGCCGCAUCGGAAACUUGGUAGCUGUCGACGACAGCUCACUUGAUGUUUCUCCAGCUCCAGGAGACGAAAAAUGGUUCUGGAAGCGAAUAUGGUCGCACUUGAGUUGUUGGUGGACCAUCGAUGCCGCAAAACUGCUGCACCGCGGCGAUCAUGGCGUGGAUUUGAGGAAGAAGUUGGAUAACUUUCUCAUGUCGCAGGUAGAUACUAGAUGUUCUAUCCCGAAUGAACGGAUGGCUGACCAUACCCCACCUUCGCAGAAUGAGGAUCCGGCGCAGUGGCCGUUCGCCUACAUGAUGAGCGUUCCUCAGUUUAUGGGCUGGUACCGCAAUGUUGUCAGCUGGUGGUAUCUGUACAACGAACAGCGCGAACUCGACGCGCUUAUUCUUGAGAUCAAUAACUCCUACGAAGAGAAGCGGAACAUCCUCAUACGGGUUCGACCGACAUCGGACAAGCUCAGCGCUCUGCCUUCCUCGCCAAACGCCGAGUUCAUUGACGAUCGUCAGCUCGUUCAGUCACUUCCGUCGGAAACAAGGGCAAGAUUCUAUGGCGGCGAGUGGUACAAGUACAUCUUUGCGUCUCCAUUCGAGAAAGUCGAUGGGGUCGUUUCGCAGCGGAUGAUGGAUCCGUUGAAGCGUUCUGCGUGGACGUCCAAGGCGUCGUUUUCCAAUAUGACCACGCUCGAUGAGACAGGACAGGUACGAAUGGCGACUCGCUUGGUCUGCGACGGGCCGCCGAUCGAUCCAAUGCAAAUGAGCAAUUGGGACGUGAUCAAACUCGUCUUCCGCAUGACCCUCCCAGGCAUGCUCACCACGGCCGAGAUUGUUAUCAAGGCCUUGCGUAUCCGCUUUUCUGGUGCAAUGCAGAUGAACAAAAAGACUCCUGUGCGAAGUGGCAGUGUCGGGCGGCAUAUCACCAAGAUGGAACUGUAUGUGUACCGCAGCUCUAUUUUUGACACCUUGCUGACCUCAACCGCUAGUGACCUAGAAACCAUCUUUCGCGCAUACCUAGCCCGCUGUAUCGCCAACUGUCCCGAGCCAGUGAAACUCACGUACCUCCCCUGUCGGUCAUUUACCAACGAUGUGGUCGUCAUGCAGUCUCCCGCAUCGCUUGGAAAGCACGAGACCAGCUUGCGUCACCUCAGCGUCGAGCCAGCUGACCCCGCGUUUUAUACCCGGUUCAUCAACUACAAGGAUGUCCGCUCGGCGAUCGAACAAGAGACGAAGGAGACUGGGUUACCCGCUGAUCCCACGUCCCGAUACCUCAUCGUCUCUGAUGUUGAGCUGCUAUUGUCGGUACUGGAGUCGGGACCAUAUGAAAAGGCAGACCUGUGUGAGUCUUCAACUGCCUCUCAGAAGCACAGCACAAUGCUCUCCACAUGCCGAGGAACAUCGGCGUUCAUGGAUGAGUUCGCCUUAUCGAUCCUGGACCCAUCGUCUCGCACUGUGUACAUGGCCGCUUCUUUCCGUCUGUCCAUGGCGCGAAGACUGGCGUUUGGCUCACUCCGUUUGUUUCGUAUUUUCAGUUCCGUCGCGGCUUUGGUUUCCCAAUGGCUGCUCUUGGAUGGUCUUUCGUUUGUCUGUGGUAGAAUCGCUGUGGACAAACUGACUGGCUCACAUCUGGACCCUCGGUGGACAGGGACUGCUGGUAUGCUUCUCGGGUAUGGCUCCGCCAUCACGGCGGUUAAUGCGCUGAAAAAAUGGGCCUUGCGAUAA